AGAUUACUAGCCGUCCCCUGCCAUGCGUUGCUGUGGCCCAGUCUGAUGAUCUGGAAAAUAAAGUAAUGAGAAGACUUCCCCUACCCCUGCAGAUACCUGUCCAUCAAGAAGCCACGUUCCACAUUUCCAGGGCAUGGAGCUUGGUUCUCAAACCUGGCCAGUGAACAUGACUGCUGCAAACCGCACAGAGGCCUUAGCACUACUAUUGCAGCACUCUCCUCCUCCCUCCAAUGAGAGCCCUCUUUACAGCGACUAUCAACCGCCUGUCUAUGACCUCCUUCCUAUACCCAAAGCUGUGCUUUACAUGCUCAUGGCUGCUGCUGUGGUGGUGGGUGUGGCCUAUGCCAUUGUUGGCCACUUGAUCAAGGACUUGGCACAUGACCUGGCAGACUGUCUGCUGGGACCACAGCCUGAGGAACCUGACAAAGAAGAGAUUGAGCCUUUACCCUUUUCAGGCUUCCAGCCCUCCCUCCUGGCCAAGACUCGUCCAUGCACCUGCUCAACACACCAUGCUGCAGAAGUACAUAUAACCCUAGAGGAGAUACCACAGACAACCUAAAAACUGUGGAAAAUGAGAAAUAGCCUUGCAGAAAACGAAGGCGAACGCCAGAGUUCUUGGCUUCCUGAGCUAAGUGGGAAGGAACAAGCACAACAGCCAAGAAGAAGGGGCUAGCCAAGCAUAUCAAGGAGUAAGCAACUGUUCUGAGGCAGCUACCUCAUAUACUGUCAAUGACUGCUAGUUGUUGCCAUCCUGGAACCAAUUCCUGUGUGAUGUUAAUUCAACUUCCAGGAGUCUUUCCUUUAGACCAUGGCCAGACCGAGCUUUGGUCUAAACAGCCCCAGAUCUUUCUUGAUGCUACAAAGAAUGGAGGGGAGAGUUCUUGGACUUCUGCCCACCAACUAAGGGCCAUGAAGUAGCCUAAAUUCUUGGUGCUAUAUGGCUUGUAUUGACUCGUCUACGAGAAGGAGUAAGAUCAUACCUAGGACAACAAGGCAAAGCCUGUGAAAAAAAAAAGAGCAGCCAUCAGAACACAGCUUCCACUGGGGAGUCUUCCUACUGGCAGGCAGAACAACCAAGGUUUUGAGAGGACAAGUGUGAUUCCUGUAGCUCUGCCAUGUUAAAGACAAUUUUGGUACAAUAAAGACCUGCUAUUCA